GCAACGCAUAAUAUGAUUACCAGCUAGGGUCACACCUAGGUUACCAGGGGGAGUUAAACUGCUGCGGAACUGCAUAUUGCACCUCUACUAUGCACGGUACACAAAUCAGCAUUCGAUCAUACUAUUCCGAUUCUCAUUAAUUCAGCUGGUAAGGAAACUCCUUUGAAAUCAAAGUCUAGAAGAUGGCUGAUGAACUGAACAGAGUAUUUCUGUGGGGUAUUCCUCGAUCAUUGACUACAGUUUUUAUCAAGUGUUUGAGUUACGUCGACGGGAUCCAGAUAGCAAACCAGCUAUACGCUGAUGCUCACUUCUACGGACCUGAUGCCAAGCUACCUGUCGGUGGUCCACAAGAUCCGAUGGGGAGUAAAAUGCUUGAACUUCUCAAGACAGGUUACAAGAAGAGUCCGCUGGGUACUUCGGGGUCAGACUCAAGCGUGAUGUCUCUUGAAUCCAUCCGUGGCAUCUUAGAAGCCCCCUACCCUGACAAGAAGGUCUUGUUCUGUAAGGACCAGGCCCAGUUUCUGGAUGGCCGCUACGACAUGCUGCCCCGUGGAUUCAAGUACAGUUUCAUUAUUCGACACCCGCACAAAGCGAUUGUGUCUUUCAAGAAGCACCUGUUGGGAUACUGGGGCCAUUUUACUGACUUGAGGAGCCUGUCUUCCAUUCUGUUUCCUCCUGGCUGCGGUUACAAGGAGCUCUACGAUUUGUUCGAGUACGUCCGGGAGAACAUCGACCCCUCGCCGGUCAUACUGGAUACCGACGAUCUGCUGCAGGACCCGGCGGGGAUCUUGUCGACCUACUGCUCCAAGAUGGGAAUACCGUACUCUGACAAGCUGCUGUCUUGGGAAGCGGGAGAAGACAUCGUCGAUCAGUGGAUUGGCACUAUGAUCACCAUGGUUAAUCACGCCGAAGCCUUUAAACAAGUAUUCGCCAGUGAGGGAUUCGGCGCGCCCUCACCCGUUCCUGAGCUGGAAAGUUUACCAAACGAUGUACAAGCAUGUGUGCGGGACAGCAUGCAGUAUUACGAACACCUCCAUCAUCUGAAGAUUGUUGCAAAUACCGGCAAUCAAUAAUUGAAAAGAUAAAUGGAAUAAAGAAAUGGAAUACCCUGUCUCUGUUGGUUUGCCAUUAUGUAAAAUCGGGUUUGAAUCUUAAUCAACCAUAAUAGUUAUCACUGAACAUAAUUAUUCGUUACAAGAGGACGCUUGUGUAUUUUGUUGUAAAUUCAAGUGUUAUUAUAAAUAUGGGAGGCAUAAACCUACAAGUUUAUGGUUAAAUAGAAACACGAUAUUCCAAUAGAAUUAGUUAAAAAUAAAAAUAGAACAUUGAACUUCUCCAAAACAAAAUGAUUUGAAAAACGAAAUAGAAACAAUUAGUUUCCCCUGAAAUAUACUCCGAAUUAUAAGAACAUGAAUUUACAAAGACAAGUUGUCGAAAUGCAUCACAUAAAAUGUGUUGUCAACUUUGCAAGUCUCUGUGGGAAAAGCUUUCAGUUUAAAAUUGUUUCUAAAUUUGAUUUGUUUUUGUAAUGAAAAACAGUAGAUCUGAAAUAUAAUUGUAAUGGGAUGAAUUUUGUGCCCCCCCCCCCCAUUUUUUUCCUUCGAAUUCCUAACUCCCCCAGACUUAGGUCAUUCACUUUCUUAGAAAUAUGUGGGUUGCUUGGCAGCGCGUGUGGGCGGUUGGUAGCAGAACUUGCAACCAACCACAAUAAUCCUUGAGGAGGAAUAGUAUAAAUUCGGUGGCCAGUGAACUUUCCCUUCACUUGACCACUGAACUGCAAUUAACAGAGACAGGUAGUUGGAAGCACUCAGCUUCACUGUUUAAACUGUCUCUGUAAUCCUCCAACUGAACGUGCCAUAUUCAUGUAUUCAUCCUCUGUCCUGCUCUAGGUGAGUUUGAUAAUACUUGCAUCUUACUUUUACUCCUAGGUUAAAGUGUUUAUUCUUUACUCAAAGUUUAGACCGAGUCGUCACAUGUUGUUCUUAUUACUAUUAUGUUCCUUUCAUGCCAUCACUGUAUGUUGAGUUCAGAGUGUUGGUAAGCUUGAUAGAUGAAUAUUAAGUUCUUCGUCAUUCCAACUUUGGCCAAUAUCCACUUGGGAAGUUCUUACUGCAGUUGACAUUUUUAUUGCUUCGUUGUUGUCAUUUCUUGAAGCAAGCACUAUUUUCUUUUGGAUGUUUGAUGCAUUAAUUUUCACAUAACUUGAUGUGAGAAUUAGCCAUGUUCUCUGAAAGUAGAACAAACUCCAAAUUGAUCGAUUCCCUAAAUUGUUUUAGUUUUCUUUGAUUUUCUUUGAUUGAUCUGAAAGUUUAUGUACUCAGAUUUGCCAUUUCUUUGUACAGAGACUUGUGGCGACUCUAGUCUAAAUAAAGUGGAACUUUAUUUAAGGAAGAAGAGUUUGUAGGACUACAUGUACACAAAUUAUGAUUGAUUAUUAUAGACAUCCAUGGAUUAUUCAUUUAACUUUUUGGCAUAUUCCAAAAGACAUUCAGCAUCUUAUAAUCAUUAACAAUUACUUUUGAUUAAAGUGAGUAGAGGAAUAAUUUCAUUAGUACAAAUUAUGUGCAUUUGUAACAGUUCUCUUUGAUCAUUUGAUAAGUGUAUUCAUUUUACUUGAUAUAUCCAGUAUAGCCUUUUAAGUUUUCUCUUAGUUUAGUUUAUUCCAGUAGCUAGACAUUUUCUUUAUUUUCCCUAUACCCAAGGUUUUUAUCUUCUAUAUUCCUUUUGGUUUUAAGUGUAAUUUGAUUAUUCAGGAUCUUGGUAUUUUCCAUCCUCAUCAACUUUUACUUUCUUAUUAUGAGUUAUUUGUAUUCCCUGAAUUGUUUUAAGUGUUAUUAGGCUAUGCAACAGGUGUAACCUUGUCAUGCCUGAGGCAUUGGUCUUGGUAUAAUGUCCUUGGGGUACCUUACCACCGUUUUAAAGUUCUGUCCACGGAUCACAAAAAACGAACACAAUUCACGUAGGGAUGUGUGUGAACUUUAUAAAGAAAAUAUUAUUUUACUUUAUUAAGAAGAAGCCCCCUACCCUGGCAAACCGUUUUUUGUUCUGUAAGGACCAGGCUGUUUCUGGAAGGCCGAUACGAUGUACUGCCCUAUGGAUUCAAAUACAGUGGAUUGGCAUUACGAUCAUCAUGGUUAAUCACGCAGAAGCCUUUAAACACUUAUUCGCCAGUGAGGGAUUCGAGGCGCCCUCACCCGUUCCUGAGCUGGAAAGUUUACCGGAUGAUGUACAAGC